CGUGAGAAUCGUGUCGAUCGCAGGAUCCCACGACACGAGGACACUUACCUACAUACUUAAAGGCAGAACGACGGCUGUCAUGACAGAAUGCCCAGCCACAUCGAAGCUUACCACUACUCUACUUCAUAAUCACUCGUCUCCAAAACAGCCCAAUUUCAGAGGUACUUCAACAGCUAUGGAGUCCAUCAGCAACAUUCCAAAUGCUACCCUACCCUCGGCCUUCCAAGAUACGACCAUCGCCGUCGCAGGGAAUGUCUCGCACAUGAUCCAAUAUGUCAUUUUCUCAUGGCUUGCCGUGUUCUUCCUCGCGGGCUUCUUGAAGCGGGCGAAAAGUUGGGCACGUGCGAUUAACGUCUCACUCUCUGUACUUUGCGUUUCAAUAGCAGGCGCCCAUUAUCACUAGCUAGCUAGACCACAACAUGACUUUAACAUUUAUUUAGCCUUGGGGACCUGAACCAGCCGUCAAGAUGGCAUCGGAGUUUUGAAUUAGCGAAGCAUGUCUCGUUUUAGAGUGCUUUGCAGCGGUUCUGGCGUAUUGGAAUUGGGGUUCUUGGGAAGAACAGUCCACGGACGGAUUCCAUGGAUAAACUAUUAGAAUCGACCAUGUUCAAUUAUCAUAAAAUAUGAACAUCAUUCCCAGAAUCUCGUAGUAUCACAAUUCACACUGUCUGUUCCAAGGUCGGUGGAACUUCGACGCUUGGGCUCCAGGCAUGUGCUUGUGUGUUUAGCAUACCUUGGACAUAUUGGCGUCACGCGAGACAGCUAGCGCGUAGAUACCGAGCAUAGACAGCUUAGACAGCCUUCGACGACUUGUAUUACAACUGAUUGCAGUG